AUGACGAUCGUGGAGAGUUCGCCCGUGAGCUCUACCAGGCUGAAAGAACUGGGCAAAGCUCUGGACCAGACGUCGAUCUCCAGUUUGGCGCACGGCGGCGCGUCGUCUGCUGCGACGCACGAGGUUUCGAGUGACGCACGGGACGAGAUGGAAGAGGAGGAGGAGGAAGACGAUGAUGAUGACGGAGACAUUAGGAGCAAAGUAAGGCCCAGACUACCAACCAAGAGCCCGAAGAAACGCAGUCGUACUGACAGUUUGAAGAAGAUGCUGCCAGCACCGGCGUCGCAACGACACAAGCAGUUGCGCGAUCUGGCGGUAAUACAUUCGCCACUGCAAGGAAGCAGUGGUACGGAGGAAGAUUCAGCUGCAUCGCCGUCGCUGGGACCGCUGCAUGAGUCGCUGUCAUCACUCCAACGAUCUCAAGCGCAACCUGCAAAGCUGAUGGUGAAAGAUCGAAAAGGGAGUGGCAUGGGCGUCCCGCGAGCACAUUUAAUACUCAACGCUGUAAAGCAAGCGCCGCCUGCUAAGGAAAAGUCCAAUCCGAGGCGGUGGUCGAAACAAGAGGACGAAUCGCUGAGGCUGGCAGUUGAGAGAAGCGGUGAGCGCAAUUGGAAGGCGAUCGCCGACCAAGUGCCCGGACGAAACCAUACACAGUGUUUACAGCGGUGGACCAAAGUGCUGAAACCAGGCUUGAUAAAGGGCCACUGGACUCCUGAAGAAGACGAAAAGUUGCGGGAAUUGGUGGCGGAAGGCAAGAAAAACUGGGGUCAAGUUGCCUCGCUUAUUCCUGGGCGAACUUCGAAGCAAUGCAGGGAGCGCUGGUGUAACCACUUGGAUCCAAAUAUCAACAAGGGCUCGUACACUGAAGACGAAGAUAAAAUCAUUGUUGAGAUGCAAGCCAAGUUGGGCAACCGUUGGUCCAUCAUUGCACAGCAGCUGAAGGGUCGAACGGAAGAUGCGGUCAAAAUUCGCUGGAAGUCGUUGAUGCGGGGGCGACGGGCUGCAUCGAAAGACGAAAAAAUAUCGUCUGCCUCAUCGCCCGACACAGCUAUCGUUACUUCAUUAUCAUCCUUAUCAACAGAUAGGGAUCGGCCAAAAUUGAGGCCUUCUGAGGCCAGCCCUAUUCCACAAAAAGCUCGGUCCUCAGCAACUCCAGCAGCCACCGAAUCAGCGCUGAGCAAAUCGGUAAGGACAAAGCUUGGAGUGGUGUCAGAAACGAAAGGCGAAUCAGCUGUAACAUGCACUAGCGAGAGUACUUCGGCUGGAAGCACGCCUAGCACAGUGGUUGUAAAGAGUAUGCAGGCGUUGGCUCCAGCAUUACAUCCUGAUAUGGAGACGGUCAUUGGCGGAGCCAAUAAUGCGAUGCAUGUAAACGAUCUGGUGGCCGUGUCGAUCCGCAACUUCCAGAUGAGUCAACGGUUCCACCCAAGUUCUUCUGCGCAUGCUGCCAACGCGAUAUUUUCAGGCAGCCCUAGACGUCUGAUGAGCACUAUCGUGCCAAGUAUUCAACAACCUCCUGCCAUGUAUGCGAUGGCUGAGGGAGGAAUGGGUGUCUACAAUCUGAACAUGCGAGCACAACAAAUACCACUGCCACCGCACCCCUCGCUGCAACACCAGCAACUUUCGUCAUCAUAUCCGUGCCCACCCGGAUAUACCAUGCAGCCGAGCAUAGGUGGAGUGCCAAACUACGCGGUGGCGACGAGUUUUCCUACGUCGAACCAGAUGCAAAUGCGGAUGUCUUUGCCCAUGCCAAUAACAUCUUCGAUGCAAUCUGUGCCUUCGACACCAACGUUUUCUUCUCAGGCUAUGGCUAUGGCGGUAGCAAGUGCUCAGUAUCAGCACCUUCCACAGCACGUAUCGGCCGUGCACCAAGGUUUCAGCGGCGCGCCACUCCAUCCACGAGUUGGGGCAACGGGAACCCCAUUAGGAACAGCUAACCAGUCUUCAAUGUCAUCGACCAGUAGUGGGCUUGCUGCAGACAGCAGCGAACAUAAUCCAAGCGGUGAGGUAAACGAAACCAGCAUCCCCCCAAAUGCUGGCCUUCCAUUUUCGUCAACUACGGCAGCCGCUGCUGGAGGAAAAGAAUUAAACACACCACGGGAAGAGUGGGGUUCAUCACAGACUCCCCGGUCCCAGAUGAUCAUGACAGAAGGUCAUGCGUCUGCGUACGAGCUGUUUCACCAACAACGGCUUCGUUUAAUGCUACAGGAGCGAGACAAACAGGGCAUGACACUAUCUUCAGCUCCAUCGCCAGGCCAAGCGUUGCUCACGAAGGAGCUGGAGGCUAAUAAGGAGCGCCAAGCGCGGCAAGCGAUCAUGCAGAAGGGGUGGAAUAGCGCCGUGGAUUCUAUGGUCUCCUUCAACAGCGUCAGCGAUUUAUCCACCUUGGACGAUCAGCAGCGGUUUGACGGUCUACUUGAAAAAGUAUCGUUGUCGGCUCUUGAUCCAACGGAUGGACUGCUUGACCAGACAGUUGACAUUAUCUCGGGAGAUGAUACUGUGGAUCUAUGA